CGCUGCCCCGCCGCCGCGCCAUGACCCUUAGCUCGGAGAUGUCCGAGGCGUCGACGCUGGCUGAGGAGACCGACAUCGAUGUGGUGGGCGAGGAAGACGACGAGGAGGACGACGAGGAGCCGCGGACCCGCCGCCGCCGCCGCUCCUACGCCGAGGAUGAGGAGGAGGACGAGGACGACGACGAGGAAGAGGACGAGGAGGAUGUGGGCGACCUCCACGCCGCCGCCCUGCUGCCGCGGUCGCCCGUGCGCGGCGGAGGCGUAGGUGGCGGCGGCGGGGCGGGCGGCGGGGACGCUGCCGGUGGCUCUCGGCCCCCCUCGCGGGGUGGCCCGCAGAAGGCGACUGCGGGCGGCGGCGGGGCGGGCGGCGGCGGCGGCGGGGCGGGCAGCGGCGGUGGCAAGAACAGCCUCGUGAAGCCGCCCUACUCCUACAUCGCUCUCAUCACCAUGGCCAUCCUGCAGAGCCCCAAGAAGAGGCUGACGCUGAGUGAGAUCUGCGAGUUCAUCAGCGGGCGCUUUCCCUACUACCGGGAGAAGUUCCCUGCGUGGCAGAACAGCAUCCGCCACAACCUCUCCCUCAAUGACUGCUUCGUCAAGAUCCCCCGGGAGCCCGGCAAUCCUGGCAAGGGCAACUACUGGACGCUUGACCCCGAAUCCGCCGACAUGUUCGACAACGGGAGCUUCCUGCGCCGCCGAAAGCGCUUCAAGCGGCAGCAGCUCCCGGCGCCCGAGCUUCUGCUGCGCGCCGUGGACCCCGCCGCCUUCCUCCCGCAGCCUCCGCCGCAGCCCCCGCAGCAGCCGCCCUGCGCCUACGGACCCUACGGCUGCGGCUACGGUCUCCAGCUCCAGCCUUACCACCCCCACUCCGCCCUCUUCGCCUUCCACCCCUCUCCGCCGCCCCGCCAGCCCCCUGCCGCCCCCGGCAGCGCCCCCGGUGCGGCGCUGCCCCCCGCCGCCGCCGCGCCGCCGGGCCCCUUGCUGCCGGCGGCGGAGCUGGCACGGACGCCCUUCGGCUACGCGCACCCGCUGGGCCCGGCGCUGGCGGCCUCGCUGCACUCCGCCAAGCCCGGCAGCGGCGCGGCGCUGGCCCGCUCGCCCUUCUCCAUCGAGAGCAUCAUCGGGGGAAGCCCCGGCCCCGGCGCGGGCAGCAGCUGCGGCUCGCAGUCGACCGCGUCGCCGGGGCUGGCCCGCUCGCUAGGGAGCGCCGGGAGCGGCCUGCCCCCCGCCGCCGCCCUGCCCGCCACCCCCGGCUUCGCGGCACGGAUCUCUAACUGUUAAGUGUUUGGGAGUCUUUCCGAAGGUAGGAUCUGGGGUAUCUCCUUUCUCCGCCGCUCGGACGCCCGGCGGACGCUGACCGCAGGGGCUGCCUGUCUUUGCGUGGGGAUAAUUGUGACGGGGCUCGGGGGCCGUCCGCCGCGAGCGACGGACCUCUCGCGACCUUCACUAGUGCAAAGCCAGGUGUAGAUCUAGAUACUGCGCGGGCAGGCGGUCGCUACAUCGGAAAGUUACUCGCUACUCCUUAAAAAGAAACAAACAUGGUGAUAAAUAAUGUCUCUAAACCGCUGAAGUUCAGAGAUUCUCAGGUCUAGGAGCUUGAAAACAGUAAUGUCCAGGAGGAAAAAAAGGCUUGAGGGAGGACAGCAGAGCAAUACUUUUUUUCAUUUAGUACACUUGUCUCAUGUACUUUUAUAAAAGAAAAGAUUAACGUGUUUACACAGAAGAAAGUCAAGAUUAUCAUUUCUUAUUUUAACCUGUGUUUUGUAUUAUAAUAGACUUACGGAGUUUUUUAUUUUGUACUUUAUGCGUAUUCUUUACAAGGAAUAUUGUUAAAAUUACAGCAAGUAUUAUUGUACCAUUUUAAUGUAAAAUUUUUACACAUUUUCAAAAAUAAAAUUUUUAAUUUAAAAAAAAAAAAAAAAGUCAAAACCAAACCCAAAGACCAAAGGAGCCCAGCCAAACAAUUGGCUUUGGAUCCUUCCCUCCUUAGCACUUCUCCUUUCUUUGGGACACUAAUAUUUUUUUCUUUGGGAUUAAUAGCACAAUAGUCAAGGAAUAUUCUAGCUUGAAAUUUAUUAUGUGCAGAUUUGACUGCAAAGAAGAAAAUAAAAAUACGAUCUUUGCAGGCAAUGCAUUGUUAACCCUAGCAGAUAAAGAAUGACAAUAAACCCAAAACAAACUAAACAAAAACAAAAAAACCCAAAACAAAGCAAAAAAAUCCACACAACACCAACAACCCCCCCCCCCCAAGAAAACAAAAAACACUCUACAAAAAGCAGCAGGAACGAAAGAGGGGAUAAAUAGAAAUAGGUCUCUCUGGAGGGAGUAAAGCCCAGUUCUGUAAGUCGCCAAUCAGGGGAUUGAUUAAAACGCCGGUUUAAAACUAUUUUUAUACUUUUGGGUGUGUUUUAAAUCACAACUGCAUCAUAGUUUGGUUUCCAAGAGGCCAAAGGAAAAUACUACUAAUAAAGGGCGUGCAUUGAACUUAAGAGAGAUUUGUUCUAGACACUUAUGUUUCUGUGAUGAUGAUAAUAGUGGCAUGUGUUUCUACUUUUCAAUACAUAAAAUAUAAAAUGCGCUUUGUAAUAUCCUCGUGUGAUGAGUUGAUUAAGUUUCUAAGCUGUCGAAAUAAGGAUGUACAAAACAAACCAUGAAAGCAGCUUUUCUGAUUCCAAACACUCGUUUUUAACAGCAUAAGGUCCAUAGAUAUAUAUUUUAUAGACUAAAAAAAAUUUAACCAAAAAAUCCGACCUCAAAUAUUCAGAGCUUUUAUAUGGAAAAGAGAAUCGCAUGUUUUAAGAGUAGGCGUGUGAAUGUUUGUUGUGGGCUAGGAAUACACGUUUUUCAAAACAGGGAGGCGCUUUUUAACUGCGACUGUAUUUAUAACUAUUUAGGAGA